GAUGUAAUUCGAAUAUGUGAAACUGUUGGUACUGCUGCACUGAGUGCCAUCAUGAAUUCCUUUAGUGCUGCCUUCAAAUCUGCCCAAGAGUUACCUGAUGGAGAUGUUCAAACUAUCGCUUACGUCAUCAGUACGUGUAUCGUGGGGUUGACGGUGGCACUUUUCAUGUAUUGCUGUGUCAGUGUCAAAAAGACAGUUACAAGACGAUCUGCCAGCCAGCCAGUCGCCUCACAACAAAUGCCUGGUCCGUCCAGGAUACGGAAGAGGGACAAAGUGGCAAAUUUAACCAAGAAAAUGUUCAAGAAACUUCCAAAGCUUUCAAUAACUGAAGAUAACCACGAAAGAUUCACAACUUUUAUAAAACGCCCGGCUAAGAGUUUCCAAGAGAUACAGAAAGCCCUGGAGCGAAGUGGAACACUGACUCUGGAAUCUGCCCGGAAGUUGAUACACGGUCACCAGGACCAUCACACUAGAAUCAGCAGGAUCAACGUGGGACCUCCGAGCUCUGUUCUUGAGGCUAGUAUGGUGGAUCACGACUACAGACUUCCUCCAGAGCUCAAGAACAUCUUACAAAGUGUCAGAGUCUUCGGAAAUUUUGAGCAACCGGUCUUUUUAGAACUUUGUAAGUACGUGACUAGUUCGUACCAUCCCCGGGGUAGUCUCCUGAACGACCUGGACACAAGUUUCUACGUGAUACAAAGUGGACAGUUCAGUGUGUUCACUGAGGGCGCUAACCAGAAACAGCACGUGAUAAAGAAGUCGUACCAGGGAGAUAGUAUCUUCAGUCUGCUCACAAUACUGGAUAUGAUCUCCCUCAACAAAGUAUCUGUCAGAUCAGAGGUGUAUGCUAGAGCUGAUACGGACUGCUACCUUCUCAAGUUACCCACAAGUGUAUUCCGCACAAUCCAUAGCAAGAGUCCGGAGUCCAUGUUCAGAUUUGUCCAGGUCAUACUGUUGAGACUGUCUCGUGUUACCUAUCUGUCUCUUCACAAAUACCUCGGCCUCACUAAGGAGCUUGUUGAAAAGGACAUUGUACUACCAGAAAUGAACAUUCACUGUCUUACUUGUCAAAAGAAGCCUAGAUCUGGAAAAGCUCGAAGGAGGCAGCGUAGCAGGAGCAACACAAACAACAGUGCUACAAGUAACUUAUCAGCUGAUGGAGAGGAGCUCUUCGAGGAGGCGUCUGAAGAUCACAGACCCCGUCCUGUUUUUGACAUGGAAGGGCCAGCUGCUAAGACCGAAUCGUCGUUGGAAAUGGUUCUAGCAGAAUCAGCCCCACAUGAAAAUGUGGAUGAUAAUAACAUUAUAAAGAUUGCUGUGGAAGAUCUUGUCAAACUGCUUGGACUGAAGGACGAGACAGUACUGGAAGGGAAGGUAACACUGGUUCACAUAGCUCGCGGUAGUGUUAUCUGUAAACAGGGCGACGUGGAGAAGUUCCUGACUUUUGUGGUGUCCGGUCAUUUGGAGGUCACUCAACACGACAUUCACGAUAACGAGGAGGCGUUCCUGUACACCACAAAGUUGGGGGAGUUUAUAGGAGUAAUGUCAGUGCUGACAGGGGACCCCAGCCAAGUCACUGUCACCGCCAUCAAGAGAUCUAUCAUCCUCACUAUAUCUCGGGCUGAUAUCAUUAAGCUGAUAAGAAGUAACCCAGCUACACUAGAGAAACUGACCCACCAGUUUACAAAACGCAUUUCCCUCUUCGUCCGACAGAUGGACUAUGCCCUGGAGUGGGUUAGUCUCGAGGCUGGACAUGCUCUUUACAGACAAGGGGAGGCGUCACACAGCACGUACAUAGUGCUGAGUGGUCGACUCAGAUCAGUGCUGGAGCACGACAAUGGAAGGAAGGAACUGGUAUCUGAGUUUGGUAGAGGGGACACUAUCGGGGUAAUUGAGUUUGCUACAGGGUCGCCCCACACCCACACAGUGCUAGCUGUUCGGGACACGGAACUGGGGAAAAUACCUGAGGGCCUCCUUAACACUAUCAAACUCUGGCAUCCCAAGACAGUAUCAAGACUGAUCCAGCUGUUAGGAAACCAGGUCCUGGGCCAGGUCAAGUACAGCUCCAGAGAACAACCUCAUCUUCACAAACCCUUACAACAAGGGGGACCUGGUAGCAACAACAUUCACCACACGCCCAACACUAACCUUGCCACGGUAGCCCUACUUCCCUGCACUAGAAAUGUGCCACUUCACGCCUUCUCAGCAGCUCUCUGCUCCGCAGUAAACACUAUAGGACCCUGCACCAGACUUACCUCCUCCCUCAUCAUCAAGCAGCUUGGCAGUGACGCUCUAAACAGUGUGUACGAGUGUCAGCUGACGAACCACCUGAACUCAGUGGAGGACCAGAACAGGAUAGUCCUCUACCAGGCAGAUCCCACCAUGACCCCCUGGACACGACAGUGUAUCAGACAGGCGGAUGUUAUCCUCAUUAUAGCUGUGGCUAGUGAAAACCCGGAGGAGUAUGGUCCUAUUGAGGUGUCCCUGAACUCGAUGAGUGUGCGAGCACAGAAGGAGCUGAUCCUCCUGCACCCGGACACUGCUAAGGAGCCGACUAACACAGUGGCUUGGCUCAAUGCCAGGGGCUGGGUUAGCUCUCAUCUUCAUGUCAGGUGUUCGGAUUAUAUUCUACGGGAUAUGCCUCCUCUCCAGCCGGACGAUUUCAACCCGCACAGCGACAUGGCCCGAGUAGCCAGACGCCUAACUGGUACCUGUAUUGGUGUUGUGCUAGGUGGGGGCGGAGCUAGAGGCAUUGCUCAUAUCGGUAUCUUGCAGGCUCUAGAGGACCACGGAAUACCAAUAGAUAUGAUAGGAGGUACCUCUAUUGGCUCCAUGAUGGGGGCCCUGUACGCCAGUGAAACGGAUGUCGGAGCAAUGAGGGAGAGAGCGGCUGUUUUCUCAGCGGGCAUGUCCAAACUGUGGAACAAAAUCAUCGAUCUGACUUAUCCUUUUACUGCUAUGUUUAGAGGAAAGCAGUUUAACAAGGGGAUUGAGGAUGCGAUAGGAGAGAAGCUGAUUGAGAACCUGUGGAUACCCUACUUCUGUGUGUCUACAGAUCUGACUGCUAGUGAAGCUAGGAUACACACCGAGGGCUGCUUGUGGAGGUACGUACGAGCAAGUAUGACACUGUCCGGUUACCUGCCACCUCUGUGUGACCCAGUAGACGGUCACCUGCUGGUUGAUGGGGGCUACGUUAACAACCUCCCCGCUGAUAUCAUGUCACAGAGAAUGGGAGCUCAGACUAUUAUCACUGUGGAUGUGGGCGGUCAGUCUGAUAACGAAUUUGACAACUUCGGUGACGACCUCUCCGGGUGGUGGGUCCUCUGGAACCGCUACUUCCCCUUCGGUAAAACCCUGAAAAUACCCAACAUGGCUGAAAUACAGAGCAGGUUGGCGUACGUUAGCUGUGAGCGCCAGUUGGCCCAGAUAAAGAGUCAGGGGGGCAUGGAGAAGUGCUAUCACAUCAGGCCCCCUAUUGAUAGAUACGCUACAUUGCAGUUUGGAAGCUUUGAUGAGAUUGAAGAAACCGGGUAUAAACACGGGACUGAUAUCGUUUCUGCUUGGGUCAAAGGUGGAAUAGUGUUACAACAGAUGUUAGCGGAGACUAAACCAGGUAUUUCUGGAGUUCCUACCCAAACCCCCAAAACGUUCGUUAACUACAAUGAUGUCGACGAGGAAGAGUACAGACGGGCGCGCGCGCCAUCCCCGUACGCUUCCUUCACCGACAUCGCAGCCAUGGUGUCCCGGAUAGACCCACCCAAGGACCAUGAGGGUCACGGGAGACCGGAGUUUGCUCGCAGGCAAAUGAGCUGGCCCUCUGGAGCUUACGAAACUCAGAGUUACAGUGAUACAGAUGACUCUUCCGAGGGUAUAGUCAUUGAUUUCGAUCGACGUGCAAGCUUGAGCUCGGCCCUGACUGGAAUUGCUUUGAGCGACGAUCCUAUCCCAGUGUUCGGAGGAAAGCACACCAUGCCGGACGGUUUAGCUGGGUUCUACAGUGACGGCGACAUCCCACAGGACAGCACACUUUGCGACGACCCGAGUUUCAGGUUACACUGACGCACCUUGUACGGCAUUUUGUACGACAAAUCACAGAAGAGGACGAAGAUUUGCCUGGAGCAAUGAUGGGAGAAUCGAUCUGAGAAGAGAAACUCUCCCUCACGUGACGUCACAAUCUCCCUCACGUGACGUCACACUCUCCCUCACGUGACGUCACACUCUCCCUCCUUAACAGAUUUACAAGUUACAUAGCUUGCCUAACCUGAAGCUGGUUCGUCUUGAAAAGCAAGCUAUUAUCCUACCUUGAACUUACAAUGGGCUUUUUUGGUUUUAACAUCUUUCAUAGUAGUUAUAAAAACAUAUAAGUUAUCUGUAGCUGUUCUUAGAUAAGUAUUCAUUAAUCCAUCUCGUGAUUUCUGUUGUUGGUUUCACGUUUCAUUAUGUGUUUUCAUCUAUCUGUCAUGAACAUUCUAUGAUGCUGUCACAAAUGUAAAAUUAGCAUCAAGAUCUUAGAAUUUUGUAAAAAAAGAAGGCUCCCCGAAGAGAAUUUAUUUCGAUGUUAUUGCUAAACGUUCAUGCAUAAAUAAGUUUUUGAUGUAGUAUUUGAAAAUUUCUAACCCGUAAAUUAGAUUGAUUAGUUUAAAUCAUUAAUAAUGGAAUCAUAUUUUAAUGUUGAAAGAUCGAUGUAAAAUAGAUAAGAAUUUGCUAUUUUUGAUACGGACUAUUUGUACAGACACUUUGGUGCUGAUUAUCUGUUCAGUGUUGUUUGAGAUAAUUUGUUUGAUUAUGUGAACUAUAAUGUAUUUGUGUGGUUACUUGUCCAAGAGUUUUCUGUCUUUUAUUCAGAAAUCUUUUUCGUAGGAUUAAUUUUGCACAAAUUCUAUUUGAAACAAUGACAUAUUUCAAGACCAACUUUAAGUAAAUAAACUUAUCAAUAAAUUCCCACACUUGAUAAUGCAAUAGUAUUUUUAUCCACCUAAAAAUAAAAUUGGGAUUAAAUUCGCUGAUAAACUAAUCGCACGUGACUUUACUCACUUUUUAAUGCUUUUAUCAAAUAAAGGAGUAUUGAAAGUAUUACAAGUUACAUCAUUUAAUAUGCGACUGCAAGACUUUACGUCGCUUAAUUAAGUCAAUUAGUUACCUGCCAAAGCAAUCAAUUAACUUACAUCAUCUUAGCAGAAUGUCCCACAAUGUGCUGCAGCAAAUCUCCCGAUUCACCAACAGAACUGUAAAAUUAGGCAAAAAAGAAGGGAAAAAGAAGCUCGUUUCAGCCGGAAGUGUACUGAUGACCCACGCCAAGAAGGAGGGAUACAAAGACCAAUGGAAUUUUCACGAGCAACAUCAACGUCCAAGAACGUGGAGACAGCACUACAGGUUUAUGGAGCAUAAGAGAAUGUACAGUGAGGGUAUGAACGAUAGACUUGACUUUGUUCUGUCCGGAUACACAGCCAAAACUGGUUUUAGCUUCGAGAGAGGAAUAGAGGACAAUCCCCGGUUUUUACACUACAAGCAGUCGGGUAGUACUACUCCAGUUGAUAAACCGGAAUGGAGGGCAAAAUACAAGCACCUUCUUACACAAAAAAGUAAAAAAACUGUUUCUUCGUCAUGAGGGUUAAAUUAUAUGAAUUUUACUGGUCUCGUUUAGUUAGGAAUUACGAGAUCAUAAAGUUGAAUUAUUAAAGCUGUGUACUAACUUCUCAGAAUGUACAGCGUGCAGGUGACUCUAGAGCUUUGAAUAGAAGGUUCUAAAUGCUGAAAUAUCCUAGGAUACUGUUGGAAGUGACAUAUUAUUUAUUUGUAUAGCUAAAAGCUAUAUUUGGACGCAUUUCAUGAAUUAUU